AAUUCCCCCUGAUCUCCAACAGACCGAACAUGCGGUCAUCCAUCAACUGCUGCUUCGUGGGCCUGGCGACGUUCGACAGCAUCCUUCUCAUCACAUCCAUCUUGAUGUUCGGGGUGACCGCCAUCUCAGAGUUCACCGGCCUCCUACAGUGGUACCAGAGGGAUGUCUUCCCGUGGGUUACGUUGGUAGCCUACCCUCUGGGUAUCGUGGCACAGACAGGAUCAGUGUACCUCACGGUCACGGUCACGGUCGAGAGAUACGUGGCGGUGUGCCAUCCCAUGAAGGCUUUAACUUUAUGUACGUACGGUCGGGCGAGGCUGUACGUCGUGGCCGUGGCAGUCUUCUCGCUGCUCUACAAUAUACCAAGAUUCGCUGAGGUCACGUACAAGAACUGCAACGUGGAUGGGGUGGAGUUCACGACGGUGGUGAUGACGGAACUACGAGGCCACGCGUCCUACAUCCAAGUCUACAUCACGUGGAUGUACCUCCUAGUGAUGUACCUUCUACCCUUCAUCAGUCUGCUGGUCUUCAAUGCCUUCAUCUACAAGCAGGUGCGACUGGCAAACGAAGAGCGACAGAGCCUGAGUCGGCUGGAGAAGAAAGAGCUUUCCCUGGCGGUGAUGCUUCUCGUGGUCGUCAUCGUCUUCUUCUUCUGCAACGUCUUGGCCUUCAUCGUCAGCGUGCUCGAGCUCUUCAAAAUCACCAUCGGAGAACUCACCAUUCUAAACAAUUUCCUGGUGACGGUGAAUUCGUCCGUGAAUUUCAUCAUCUACUGCAUUUUUGGCCAAAAGUUCCGGCGUUUGUUCCUGCAGAUUUUUUGUUUCGGGGCUUUGCAACGGAUCUGCGGAUCGGACGCUGGACCUCUCGAGUUAGCGUGCGUGGCAAGCAACAGCAUCUACGGCGAACGCGCGUCUUAUUCGUCGCACUCACGCAGCACUAAAGUCGUUCGUCUUUCGUUCGUUGACAAAAACGGUGACGCUAACACGAGGCUGCUGAGGAACAGGGAUUCAGUAGAAUCAGUGAGGAUCACAAGCAACGGCAACGGUCAGCACGAGCCUCUGAAGACCGUCCAGGAACACAGCAGCGCAGGCCCACUCGAGGACGACGCUUCGCCCACCCGCCCGCUGGCUGAGCAGAGCGAUGCCGAUGCUGGAGGUUCACACGAACCAAUGAAUUCUCAGUGAAAAUGAAGGAACGACGUGAAACUUUUUGAAAUUUUUAUUAUUAUCUUGAAAUGCGGCCGGACGUAUAUUUUUCAUUCUGGAGAAAAAAUAAAGGCGAAUAUAUAUGUUUGUAAAAUGCAUGGAAAGUCAACAAUUGUCUCUGAAUUUCAGGAUUUCUGUGUUUAAAGAACAUAUGUAUCCUUGUAUCAGUACUAGUGUCACAGAAGAGACUUGGUAAUAAACCUAGAAGAUUAGUUCGCUAACUUAGAUUGUUGGUGUUGUGAGAAGCGUGGAAUUUAUUUAGGUAAACCUGAACAACAAAGUAUUGAAUUAUUUUUCAGAAGAAUUAUUUACCGUUUCAAAUGCGCUAAACGAUUAAGUUUAACCUGACGCUUUUAAAUAAGACAAUAAAUAAAAUGAAAAUCAGCUUCCUUGGCAUAAAUUUUUUGGGGAUUUCAUAAUGACCUUUAAUUUCUUGAGUUCUCUCUUUGUUAUCUAAUUACAUGAAUAAAAACUUAUAUAAACGAAAUGGUUUGCGAGAAUUGGGCAUGGGAAAAGAAAUCGAAAGCCUGCAGUGAAAUUUAUUCUGUUGCUUCAAAGCAGCAAAGAACAUUUUAAAUUACUAAUAGAAAAUACGGACUCGUAAAUUCAAAAUUCGUCCGCAACUUUGGCAUCAAGGAAGGAAAAAUUCUGUUUUUACAAUUAAUUACAUAUUAUGGAAAAUUAUGUACUUACAAUUUCUUACAAAUAAUGAAUUGUCUCCUUGACAUUUUAAUCCGUUUAAACCCAACCUACAGGCUUACGGUCUCCACCGUAAGAAUGCAACGGGAAUUUCUGUUCCGAUCGACAUUUUUUACGAAUGUUUGUCUUGCUUUUCAAUACAUUUAAAAUCUGCUAUAACUUUCUGAAUUCCAACAUACUUCAUUGGAGUGAAUCUUUUACAGACUGUACCAAGCUAAAAUUUUCCGGAUGAAAUAGCAUGAAUCAAAUUUUAUCUUUCAAGUCCAUUAAAGAAUUGGAUUCCUAUCAUUAUAUCGAAAAUAUUUACGCUGUCGCCAGCGUUCGAAACGUCAAACAAAAUUUACAAAAGAAAGGAAUUUAGAGGCAAAAAAUAUAUUUAUAGAUCUUGGAUUACAAUAUUUCUGUUAUUGUAUUAUUUCAGAUAUUCA